AUGAACGACGCCAGCGCUAUCAAAACUCAAUAUAACAACAGCCAUACGAAAGAGAAAACUCUUGGAUCCAGAGCAAUGAGCCACCUCCGCACCCCGCCAACAAUCCAUCUUCCAAAAAUGCCGUUCCACACUGCUCAUCCAUACCACCAAACCAGCUCCUCAACAUCUAGCACCACAUCCACCUUUCAGCCCACAGCUCCCCAACGGCAGCCCACCUUGCAAACUCAAUAUAUGCGCAUGCUCCUCGCGCUUGACGACAUCUCUCGCGUACACAAUAUCCUCGCCUCGUUCUUUACAUGGCUCCUCCUAGCAGGAUUCGUCAUCUUCCCUGGAACAUUCACGUCGCUAUCCACAUCCGACACGGUAGCGUCUAGUACCACCGCAUCAACCAUCAUACACUCGGUGCAGCACAUCCCGUUGCUAGUCAUCGCUACAGUCUCCAGUGCUUUGGGUGCGACGGGGAUGUUGUAUCUCUACUACGCCCAUACGGACAACUUCGUCUGGUUGCUAAAUAAGAUUUUCCUUCCGGGUGUGCUGCAUAGCUUGGCGGGUUUGAUCAGUACGCUUGUUAAUGUCUAUUCGAGCCAGAAGGGGAUGUGGAGUGUGAGUGCAAGAGUUACUGCAGGUGUUACUGGGGGAUGUAUGGUGAUUUGCGGGGCGUUGUUUGGGGUGUAUCAGUUUUGGGCUUUGGAGAAAGUCAAGAAGGAGCAUGGGAAGGAGAUGGAGGCCGGUCAGAGCUGGACAGAGAAGUUGGGAAGAGGUAGGGCGGGCGGGGGUGUCGUUUAG